AUGCCACAAAUGUUAAAGAGUAAAAAUGAAUUAAAAUUAACAAGUAUGAUUUGGGUUAAUAAUAAAGUAGAAUUAACUAUAUAUCAAUGGAUAAGAAUCAUUGUACUUUAUGGUUUAGGGUUUUCAAAACAUGCAAUUACUCGAGAUAUGGGUAUUGCACAUUCAACAGUUUUGAGAUUAAUUAAAAAGGCUAGUGAUACUGGUAAAAUUGAAGAUUUGGAGAGAUCAGGCCAUCCAAAAGCUUUGACACAAGAGGAAGAAAGAAGAAUAAUUAAAUUAAUUAAUUCUGGAGAAUAUAAAACAGCAACUAAAAUUCAUUCAAAAUUUUACUGGAUGGUUGAUGAUUGGAAAAAGAUUAUUUUUUUGAUAAAAGUAGAUUUGUACUCUUUGGAGCUUUCAAAGGAUGUCAAUACUACUA